AUGGGAUUCUUGUGCCUCAUUUUGCGUUUUUCGGUUUUCACUGCCGUAUAUUACAGACGUCUGCUCACGAUUAUUGACAUCACGCAGAUCUCAAGUCCAGUCUGCCCCGACCGUGAAGCGAAAAUUUAUAGAGUUAGGUUCGAUAUCAGAGAAACGGGCGCCUUUCAAACUGUGCUACCCACUUCGCCACCAACUUCUGCCUCACGUUUCCCCCGGUCUUGAAAACGAAUGUGUGAAGCUGGCACCUUUACCUUCGUCCAUGCAAAGUUACACGUCGAUGCCACUCCUCCAGCUUCAUUUUGCGACUACAUCCCCGUCUGCCCAUUCACCAAUGAGCACUAUCCCACCACGUUCUUUGGGGAAAGGAGACGGCGUUCGCCGUUUACGACAAAUCAAAGUCUGAACAAGGGUACAUCAACUCCUCCGAAGAUCUAGUGACAGAGAUAGGCUCGUGAUGAUUCUGCACACCUUCCAAUGGAUUCAAGUCAUAUCCAGCACUGUUGGGAUCCUGAUGAAUUAUGCCCUCCAUAAUCCUGACGAUGGUGCACUUCUAAUUCACGAUUUUUCCGUACGAUGAUGAUAAGC